AUGAACAAGCUGCCGCUUCGUUGCCCUCGGUCCCUACGAAGGUCUGCCCGCAGUUUCAGCACCUCCAGAAGAUGCGCAGCCGACCACGUGAGAAUAGUAGAAGUCGGGCCAAGAGAUGGACUGCAGAAUGAGAAGAGCACAAUACCUCUGGACACAAAGCUAGAGCUCAUCCGGAGACUUGCCCAGACCGGUGUCACGCACAUGGAAGCCGGAUCUUUCGUGCCUCCGAAAUGGGUUCCUCAGAUGGCCUCGACAGCAGAAAUAUUAGAGACGAUACUCACAGACCCUCCUUCCGCACCUCAAGGCAUUGCCUACAACUACCUCGUCCCGAACACUCGCGGUUUGGAGAGUCUCGUCAAGAUAUUCCAGGCAAAAGGCGCGAAGAACCCGACGGCAUACCCUACACCUCCUCCUUCUCCUCAACCUGAACAAUCACAGGGUCAAGGGCCAAUAACCUCAACGGCAAAUCCAAACGAAAUGUCCUCGACCCGACCUGCUUCAUCUUCAUCGGCCAAUUCAACCGAGAUCUCCUUGUUCGCGGCCGCGACCGAGGCUUUCUCGCAAAAAAACACAAACUGCAGCAUUGCAGAAAGUCUGGAACGGAGUAAACCUAUCAUGGAACUAGCAAAGCAACACAACAUCCGCGUCAGAGGCUAUGUCUCGGUGGCUUUGGGCUGCCCAUUCGAAGGACCAGACGUCGAUCCUCAUAAGGUUGCCGAGAUCACUGCAACGUUAUUGGAAAUGGGCUGCGACGAAGUCUCGGUGGCCGACACAACAGGCAUGGGGACUGCGCCUCGAACGCAGAAACUACUCCAAACAUUGAAGGAGGCGGGCAUCCUGGACGAAGAUCUUGCUCUUCAUUUCCACGACACGUACGGGAUGGCUCUAGUCAACACCGUUGUUGGUCUCGAGCAUGGCGUGAGGAUAUUCGACAGCUCUGUGGGUGGUCUUGGUGGAUGCCCAUACAGCCCUGGCGCUACAGGGAACGUCGCGUCCGAGGAUCUGAUCCACCUGCUGCAUAGUCUGGGCUGCGAGACGGGAGUCGAUAUGGUCAAAAUGGCAGAAAUCGGUGAAUGGAUCUCAGGAGAGAUCGGGAGGCGGAAUGAUUCCAGGGCAGGAAAAGCUACGCUGGCUAGGUUGAGAAAGUCGUGCUCAUAA